AUGGCCACCGCCGUUUCCAACGACGACGCCAGUAAGCUCACCGUCGUCGUCCUCGGCCCGGGCGCGGUGGGCGCCGCUGCCGCCGCCGCCAGCGCAGUUUCUGCCGCAACCAAGCCUCCGCCGCCGUCGGCGCGGCACGUGCAGUGGCUGCGCGCCGCGGUGCUGGGCGCGAGCGACGGCCUGGUGUCGACGGCGGCGCUCAUGCUGGGCGUGGGCGCCGCGCGUCCGGGCGACGCCGACGCCGACGACCUGCGCGGCGGGGGCGGGGUCCUCCUCGCGGGGCUCGCGGGCCUCGUCGCUGGCGCCUGCAGCAUGGCCAUCGGCGAGUACGUGUCCGUGCACGCGCAGCUGGACGUCGAGCUGGCCGAGCUCAAGCGCGCGGCCGAGGAGGAGGUGGAGGAGGCGGCGGCGGGUGACGGAGCUCCAGUGGACCAGACCGCGGGCCUCUCGAGCCCGGCCCAGGCGGCGGCGGCCUCCGCGGUGUCGUUCGCGGCCGGGGCGGCCGUCCCGCUGCUCGCGGCGUGGUUCGUCACGGGAUACAGGGUGCGGGUGGCGGUGGUCGUGGCGACGGCGGCCGCCACGCUGGCGGUCUUCGGCUGGCUAGGGGCCGUGCUGGGCCGGGCACCCGGUGGACGGGCCGGGCUGAGAGCCGUGGUGGGAGGCCUGGUGGCCAUGGGGAUCACGUAUGGGCUCAUGAAGCUGUUCAGGAUCCAUGGAGUUUGA